UCCCAACUGCACUUCCGAUCACCACCAAACACACUCCUUACGAAACCAACCACCUCCACCAGGGGGUUUCGAGCGCAAUCAAGCUCGGUUCGCCCACCACAUUCCUUAUGUUGCGGGUUUCGAAGUCUCUGCGCGGCCAAUGGCUCGCGACCCUCCUUUGGGGCUGCAUUCACCCCGCCACGGCCGCAACCACCGAGCAAUGGAAAACCCGUUCCAUCUAUCAGACCAUGACGGAUCGGUUCGCUCUGACCAACGGUUCGACCACUGCUGCCUGCAAUACCACGGAAUCCAACUACUGCGGUGGGUCAUGGCAGGGGACGAUCGACAAGUUGGAUUACAUUCAGGGGAUGGGAUUCGAUGCCGUCAUGAUCUCCCCGGUCGUGCAAAACGUGGACGGGCGAUCACAAGAUGGCGAGGCCUAUCAUGGCUACUGGCCGCUGGAUCUCUACGAGGUCAAUUCCCACUUCGGGACCCGCGAGGAUCUGUUGAACCUGAGCGCGGCCCUGCACGCACGGGACAUGUACUUGCUGCUCGACGUCGUCAUCAACAAUGUGGCCUAUAUGACCGACGGUGAAGAUCCCGCGACCCACAUCGACUAUACCGUCUUUCCCCAGUUCAACGGCUCGGACUAUUUCCAUCCGUAUUGCCUCAUUACCAACUGGAACAACUAUACCGAGGCGCAGUGGUGUCAAACGGGUGAUAACUAUACCGCGCUGCCGGAUCUCUACACCGAGCACACCGCCGUCCAGGACAUUUUGAUGACCUGGAGUCAGUCGGUCAUUAGCAAUUACUCCGUCGACGGACUCCGAAUCGAUGCCGCCAAAUCUCUCACCCCUAGCUUUCUGCCUACGUAUGUGGAUACCGUGGGCGGGUGGAUGACCGGCGAGGUGAUGGAGUCGAAUGCCACUAUUGUCUGCAACUAUCAAAAGGAGUACCUGCCGAGUCUGCCCAACUACCCACUGUACUAUUCGAUGAUCACGGCGUUUUUGAACGGCGAGCCCGAUACGUUAGUCGAGGAGAUCAACACGAUCAAUAGUCUGUGCACCGAUGUACCGGCCAUGGUGAACUUCAUCGAAGAUCAAGAUAUCGACCGCUGGGCUUAUAUGAAUGACGAUAUCAUGCUGGCCAAGAAUGCUCUCACCUUUAUGAUGCUGUUCGAUGGCAUUCCCUUGGUAUACCAGGGCUUGGAACAAUUCAUCGCCUAUUCCAACCGCGCGGCGCUGUGGCUCACGGACUAUGACACCAACACGACGCUGUACAAGCACAUUGCAUCCCUCAACGCUAUUCGCAAACAGGCCAUCAAGUUGGAUUCCAGCUACAUCAAUUCGCAAACCUAUCCCAUCUACCAGGGCGGUAGUGAACUGGCCUUCUGGAAGGGUAAUGUCGGCCGACAAGUCAUUAUGCUUUUAUCCACCCAGGGCACCAACGGGUCGGCCUAUAAUCUGACCCUGCCGAAGACCUAUGGCGCCGGCAUCGUGGUCACGGAGGUGCUGAACUGCGUCAACUAUACCACUAAUACCUAUAGUGAACUGAUCGUGCCGAUGGAUAAGGGCGAGCCCCGGGUGUUUUUUCCGGCCUCCAUGCUGCCCGGAAGUGGUCUGUGUGGAUAUGAUGUGUCGAAUGUGACGUACUCGGAGUUGCGACUGGCUGCUACUUCUUCUUCUUCGGGUGGUGAUCCUAUCGUCCCGUUUGUGUCGAGAGGGUUCGUGCCGGUUUUCUUGGCCGUGAUUGCGUUUCUAUUUUCUGGAUUAUAAUCAGUUUGGCUGGUCAUCGCAGCGGAUGGGAUUACUCCCUUACCUCACUUGUUUCAUUCUUGUAUAUAAUACCAUACCUAAGCCAUACG